AUGUGGAGAGUCCGGAAAAAGGGCUACUGUGGGAUUUGGUCAUUCCCCUUAAUAAUCGCCGCUGUCUGUGCGCAGAGUGUCAAUGACCCUAGUAAUAUGUCGCUGGUUAAAGAGACAGUGGAUAGACUCUUGAAAGGCUAUGACAUUCGUCUGAGACCAGAUUUUGGAGGUCCCCCUGUGGCCGUGGGAAUGAACAUUGACAUCGCCAGCAUUGAUAUGGUUUCCGAAGUCAAUAUGGAUUAUACCUUGACAAUGUACUUCCAGCAAGCCUGGAGAGAUAAGAGACUGUCCUAUAAUGUAAUACCUUUAAACUUGACUCUGGACAACAGAGUGGCAGACCAGCUCUGGGUGCCUGAUACCUACUUCCUGAAUGAUAAGAAGUCAUUUGUACACGGAGUGACCGUCAAGAACCGCAUGAUCCGCCUGCAUCCAGAUGGGACGGUUCUUUACGGCCUCAGAAUCACAACCACAGCUGCUUGCAUGAUGGACCUAAGGCGGUACCCACUGGAUGAACAAAACUGCACUUUGGAAAUUGAAAGCUAUGGAUAUACCACUGAUGACAUUGAGUUCUACUGGCGCGGGGAUGAUAACGCAGUAACAGGAGUGACAAAGAUUGAACUUCCACAGUUCUCUAUUGUGGAUUACAAACUCAUCACCAAGAAGGUUGUUUUUUCCACAGGUUCCUAUCCCAGGUUGUCCCUCAGCUUUAAGCUUAAGAGAAACAUUGGUUACUUUAUUCUGCAAACAUACAUGCCUUCCAUCCUGAUCACUAUCCUCUCCUGGGUUUCCUUCUGGAUUAAUUAUGAUGCAUCAGCUGCGAGAGUGGCAUUAGGAAUUACAACUGUCCUUACAAUGACCACGAUCAAUACCCACCUGCGGGAGACUCUCCCUAAAAUUCCCUAUGUGAAGGCCAUUGACAUGUACCUGAUGGGGUGCUUUGUCUUUGUUUUCAUGGCCCUUCUGGAAUAUGCUUUGGUCAACUACAUCUUUUUUGGGAGGGGACCCCAACGCCAAAAGAAAGCAGCUGAGAAAGCUGCUAGUGCCAACAAUGAGAAGAUGCGCCUGGAUGUCAACAAGAUUUUUUAUAAAGAUAUUAAACAAAAUGGGACCCAAUAUCGAUCCUUGUGGGACCCAACUGGAAACCUCUCCCCAACUAGACGGACUACCAAUUACGAUUUCUCUCUGUAUACGAUGGACCCACAUGAAAACAUCUUACUGAGCACUCUUGAGAUAAAAAACGAAAUGGCCACAUCUGAGGCUGUAAUGGGACUUGGAGACCCCAGGAGCACAAUGCUGGCCUACGAUGCCACCAGCAUCCAGUACCGGAAAGCCGGCUUGCCCAGGCAUAGUUUCGGCCGAAAUGCCCUGGAACGACAUGUGGCACAAAAGAAAAGCCGCCUGCGGAGACGCGCCUCCCAACUGAAAAUCACCAUCCCCGACUUGACUGAUGUGAACGCCAUAGAUCGGUGGUCCCGCAUAUUUUUCCCAGUGGUUUUUUCCUUCUUCAACAUCGUCUAUUGGCUUUAUUAUGUGAACUAAAACAUAGCCUCCCAUGGGAAGCAAGGACUAGAUUCCUCCUCAAACCAGUUGUACAGCCUGACGUAGGACUUGGAAAACACAUCAAUCCGGGACAAAAGUGAUGCUAAAAUACCUUAGUUGCUGGCCUAUCCUUGUGGUCCAUUUCAUACCAUUUGGGUUGAUUCUGCUAAGUAAUGAAUACACUAAGGUCCUUGUGGUUUUCCAGUUAAAAUGCAAGUGAUUUGUACACAUGUUGGCAAGACUGUGUCUCAGUGUUCUACUUUACCUGCUUAGUGUGCAGGCUAUAUAGAGGGAAAUUAUUUAGAAGAUAUUCUUAGAGGGCUCAGUAGCAUUGCCACUCAUUUCGCUGAGAAGUGGUCAUAUCCAGAUACUCCCCAUCUUCAUUUCUAACGUUGGCAUGCUGUUGAGAUGGCACUGUGCUUAUGAAACAUUAUCUCUAAUGCCAUGCAAACAUGCUUACUGAAGAUGGUCUAUGCCUGUCUUAUUAAGGUGAUAAUGGUGUCAUGGGAAGGUAAUUCCCACUGGAUUCUAGAAGGUUCUCAUGUGGUUCAAACAGGAUAGGGAGAAUGAAGACAGAGACUCGGUGACCAAUUUGACCAGUCUCUGCUUGAGCAUAGGAAGUCAACACUGACGUCUUCCAUUUUGACAUUUAGAAACUCGGGACUGCUGAACAUUAUCAUGUAUGGUGGCCAAGAAUUAUUUCUAAAAAGCUAUUUCCUAGGUGGUUAAAAUAAGAGUUAAUAAUCAGAGCAGAGUGAAAAAUCCAGAAGUUACUGUUGUAACAAAAUUACACAAAACAGCAUGACCCUUAUCAGCCCCACACAGCAUCUAGUUUAUACAUAUUUUGUAUAAUGGCAAAAGGUCCAGUGAGAGAGAUUUUCUUCCCCAACUUCACAAGCUUUUGAUAGCAGACCUAAAGAAGUUUUUAAGUUUAUCUAAUCAAAAGACAACCACAAAAUAGAAAAGUUAGCAAAAUUAGAAGUAUCUUAGAUGUAGGUUAGAUUGGGAUUCAUUCAAAUUACUAACAUAGAGCACAGACAAAGCCAGCAAACAGGUUGAUCUUCUCAGACAAUGUCAGCUGUCUCUACAACAUUUCCCUAUAAGUUUAUUUCUGAGUUUAAUAGGGUAUUUCAAAAGAAGGAUUUGUUCAUUUCUUUAAAGGAUUAAUGGUCCUUUCCAGCUUUUCUUGUUUCUGAAAUCCUGAUUAUAGUCUUAGGAGACAGACAAAGUAAGGCUUUGAAGAGAUUGAUUGAACUACAUUUCCUUAUGUGCAGUGAAAUUCACCUUUGUAUUUUUCAUAGCAAACAAUACUUAAAGGAUUAUGUGCACAAGUAGAGUUAGUUUGUGGGUUUGUUGGGUUUGACUUUUUAAGGGUGCUUUCAUUGUGUAUGUUGCAAUUGGCCUAAUGAAAGAAAAUUUGAAAAGUAGUGUAUCAUAGGAUAACAACAAAGCCACAUUAACAUGAUGAAUUGUAUGAGCCUCAGUUGAUAUUACAGAAAAAUAUAUAACUGAUAGGCAGGCAUGAUGUAUUGUUUUUAUUCAAUUUUUGAAUUAUGCCAGUGUGCUUCUUUCUAUACUAAUUGGACAUAUGCAUUCAUAUGUGAGACAGGAAAGAGAAUAAGCUAAUAUAUUUUAUUUCUAUCAAUGUGAGGUUCAUAUUUUGCUUUUCUUGGAGAAAAUAGUGAAUUGCUAAUUUCUUCUUAAAGUUUGAUUUGAUUGAAUGUUUUCUUGGAGGAUGACUUUGCUAUUUCUAUUUUAAAAACAAAAAAAAACCACUUAUUUUUCAAAGUAACAUCCCUAAUUGUGCAUAGUAGCCAAGGCCAGUAUUUGCCUGUGGAUUAAAUGUAUGGUUUUUUCCCCCUGAUAAUUCAGCAUCUUGGAAUAUGAUAGAGUCCUACUGCCCUCCUAUUUCAGCUUUCAGAGAGAGGGGGGAAAGGGUUUAGCAUUCAGCUUUCUAAAAUUGCUCUAAGAUGGGACCUAUUUUUUUUUUCCUUCACCAGCAAAGGGAACUCUGGCCUUUAUUUUUUGAUUAUACACUUGAACACCUCUGAGUAUGGUCUUUGGGCAGAAUCCAACCAAGUUUCUGCCCAUGGGCUCAGAGUAGAAAUUCCUCAAGUUUCUCCAGGGACACACUUUCUCCUAGGCAAUCAUUUUGGGGCAUCACUCUAAUAAAAGUGCCUGUCCCUUGUCGCCAGGGGCUAAAGUUUGAGUAGCAUAUAUCAGGAAGGAGCAUAUCGAUAACUCAGGUGCACAACUCCAAAUUGCCAUUCUGGGAAGGUUCUUCUAGAGACAACUCAGAGCCCAAGUCUAGAAGUGGGCUCUAAUUUGCAAUCAUCAUAAAAGCCAUAAAAAUCCUUGAUAUUAUCAUCUAUGGUUACAACAAAAUUUCGACGUCCAGGGAAGUCAACAUAGUAAUCUAGAUAAAAGUGAAAAAAGAAACUUCGCAGCAUGAGCCUCAAAAGCAUAUGACCAGGGAUUCAUUUCUGCUCACAGUGACAAGAAGAAACCAGAAAAAAGAGAAACAUGGGAGCUUGAAACAGAUGCCCUAGAGCGAAAUCCACAUAUUGGCAUUCAAUAACCACGUAGGUAGAAACGACUGACUCAUCCUGCCCAGAGAUAACAGUAGAUGUAGAAUUUAUUUUUAACUCUAUUUUUACUGUAGUUGAGUUGGAUUAUAGUCACCAAAUUGAGGGUGGGUCGGGGAGGGGUGCUAGAUCUCAUAAGUCUUUGAAGACCAGUCAGCUUGAUAUACAGUGGUUAAAUUUAAGGACCACAAAAAUGUGUUUUGGCAAUUCUGAUAUGGUAUUACUAUCACUUUAUACAUAUAUAUAUAUAUGUAUAUAGUUUUCUUUUGAUUAUGAAACAGCCAGAUAGCCAGCAAUUAAGGUGUUUUUCAUCUUUGAGAAAUUCAUAGGCAAAUUCUGACUCUAAAAUGCACAGUCUAAAUGAAACCUUUGAUCUCAAUCUGUAUAUAUAUAUUGUACAUGACUGCUAGUAGGUAUGAAAUGCAUUUUCAGAAUUGAAAACUCAUGCAACAUAAUCAUGUGUUUGCAUAAGGAAUGUUACAAUUCUUUCUACUGCAAUUUAAUAACAGGGGAAAAUACUUAAGCAGUGCCAUCUAGACCUUUUCUCUUCCAUGUCUUCAAAAGCAGUGCUAAGUAAAAAUAAUAAUAAUAAUAAUAAUAAUGGUUUAUGAACCAAAAGACUUUACAUUCUAGCAUUAGGAACACAAAAAGUCUGUCAGCUUAUAAAAAAGCACAACACAUAGAGAAAGUUCAGUGGAAUGCAGUGGGAAAAUGAAUCAUGUUCAUUUUAAGCAAGACCUGCAUUAAAUUGGCAACUAACAAUUUCCAUUUUCCAUAGGUAACUGUGUUCCAGUUUUAUGAUUAAAUUCAUACUCAACAACAAAAACAGCAAAACAAUCAACAAACGACAGGUCUUACAACAUAUCUACAUGUAUAUAUGUGUAUAUAUAGAUUCAUAUAAACAUACAUACAUAUAUAUGCAUUCAUAUGUUGGAAAACAAAAGGAAUAAGCUAAUAUGUUUUAUUUCCUCCGUUAAACCAGUGUAUGAGUAUUUUUAAUUGGCAACCAACAAAUCAAUGUAUUGAAACUAGUAAUACAGGGUACUGAGCAUUUCUCUAUCAGCAGAUCAAUGCCUACAGUUCUUAUGAACCAUUGCACAGUUUGACACGACAAUAGUACUGUACCUCAGAACAUCGGGAAUUAACUAGUUCUCACAUUGCUUAUCUACUUGCUCUCUUUUUCGAGGAAACAAAUAACAUUGUCUAUUGGUGAUUUAAAAACAAAGUCUUAAGAAAACAGAAAACGAUAAAAAAAAAAAUUCCUCCUUGAAGGAGGAAAAAAAAAAUAACUAAACUCCACCAUGUUGGUUAGGGCAAAUACUCUCAACUGUAGCCAUCAUGCCAUUUUGCUAAGUGUACAGAGUCCAUGUAAUGUGAGCCACCAUAACUUUCACUGAGCGUGUGUAAAUAUUAAAACAGAUUUCUUAAAUAUUUUUAACUUCUAAUUUGUAUUUUAUGGUAAGGCAACGUGCUAAUUCUGUUUAUGGCUUAAGUUCAUGUGUUAUAAUAUUAUGUAAAUAAUUCAACAUGCUGUAAAUGAAUAGUCAAUAGAUACAAAUAAUUGUUAAAUUUUUUUUCUUAAUUUUUAUUUAUUUUUUACUAAGUACAGUUACUGCAGUGCCCCAGCAGAGUAAUUUAAACACCCUUUUGCAUAAAUGGUUUGGGAUCCCAGACAGAAGGGUUUCAAUUUGCUAUCACAUACACAGUCACACACAUGUACACAUACAUGCAUGUACACACACAUACACACAUUCAAACACACAUACUUUCACUUUCUGCUCACUCUCUCCUACUCUCAUCCCCUUUAUGGGAAAUGCUGUAGUGUUUAUGUAAUAAAUGUAACAACCGAGAGAUAGCCUUAGAAAUGGAAAUGGGAAAAGCAGAAAUGAUCACUGAUAACUUGUUAGAGUUUUUUUAUAUGUCAGAGUUCAAGAAACCAAAGGUUGUAACUUAAAUCUCAAUUUUAAAAGAGUUAAAGUUUAUAUUGAUGGCACUACAGAAAAUAAAAGUGCUUAUUAUGCGUACCUGUUCCAGAAAUUUAUUACACAUAAUACACACAAGACUUUUUUUUAAAUAAUAGCAUUUUGUCCUUAGAUAGUAUUAUUCCUUUUAACCAAAGACUCCAGAAUUAUUAAAAAACAAAAAAGGAAAGAAAAAAGGAAAAAUGGGAGAAAAGAAAAAAAAAAAGACUGCUUUACACCAAAGGUUUAAAAAAUAUUUUCCAAAUACACUAGGAACAUUGUAAAAACUAGUAAAGAACCAACAGAACGUGAAUUAAGAUACUGCCCUAAAGAAAUCCUUUAAGAAAAAAAAAAAAGCAGAAACACCCUAAAAUAAUCUGUUAGCUAUUUGAAAAUUAAUGGAAAACAUUUCUGUGGAUACAUGCAAAAUUCUAACAUCAGAUUUUAAUCUGCUUUGAAAAGUUCUUUUGUGAUAAAGACAAAUAUGAUCCAAAAUAAUGACAAACAAAACUUUAUGUUUUUUAACUUUCAAAACCAACUGUCUCUCUCCUGUCAAAUGUCUGCUAAUCUGAUGCCCAUGUGUGUGUCCUUGUACCACCUGAAGCAAGUUGACAGUUCCAUCAGCUUGUAUCUCUUCCUUUUCAGUUGAGUUCAGCCAUGGUCAUUUUAAGCAUAAUUAUUUCAAACAUAGUUGCAAAUGAUUCAAAUUCCAUAACAUUUUUAAAAUUUUAUUUGCAUGGGGGUUUAAAGAGUUCUGUUAUGAAUAUUGUCCCUGCACAGUUCUGAAUUGUCCUUUUAUAAAAAGUGAUAUUCUAGUUUCUUCACAAUGUAGUGAUUAUCAGCCUUACUAAUUACCUUGUAGCCUUUCUUAAUAUGCACAUAACGCACAUUUUCCAACGGCUAGAAAAUGCAAAACACAAGUGAAUACCAUUGCAUCUAUUUUCAUGUCCUAAAAACAGGACUACUAAAAUCUCUGGGAUACAUGAGAUAGUAACAAAUGAGGAUUAUAAAUGAGUAGCACAUAAGAGUUAUUUUCUUGAAUUUAAACUUAUUACAGCCAGUUUCAGCAUGUAAAUAUAUAAUAAUGUUGGCUAGUGUGUAAUUCUUGAA